CAAAACAACGAGGAGCGGACCAGAGGAGCGGUGUGUCUUACAGGCUCUCGCUGAAAAACGGUCCAACUGUUCAGAAAAGCGUGAACUUUUUUGUGUGCAAAAUUGAGACAUACACCUGGAUGGAAGAGGGAAGAUUCUCGAGACAGAUUUCUUCUGUCGAUCAUCACGUGUGAUGUGUAAUCUUAGUCAUUGAUCAGUGUAGUUUUAUUCAUCAGCAGACUGGUCAUUUUGAAGCACCAACAUUGUGAACCAGAACGUUUGAUUUUCUGGUUUUUUUUCUUUUCUUAGUGCAGUGUCAGUCUCCCGGUCCAGUCAGUUUCGUGUUUGCCGUCGAAGCAUAGUGUAUGCUCUUCUUGUGUGUUGUGUAUAUUACGUUUCGUGUGUUGUGUUAUGCGCGCGCUCAACACACAAAGAAAUAUCCCGAAUAACUCGACCAUUGUCGGAUAUCUUUGAAACAGGCUGAAUCGACAAUGGAUUCGGCCUCGGAUCGGGAUGCGAAGGCCAGCAAUGGAGGUGGCGAUAGAGGCACGCCGAAUCAUCAUGGUAGCUCGUCGUCCGCCAUGAGUGUCCAGCAGGCUCAGCACGUUCAAGCCCAGGCUGCAGCCAUGAACGCCCUCGGACUUUUGGAUCCUUCAGCUCUUUUUGCCCAUUCGCUGUUUGCUGCCGGAAUUCCUGCCAGUUACAACCCGAUGGCUCCGAUGCCCGGCUACGGUCUACUGGGUCAAGGCGGUCCGUCACCCUUCGCUCCUCCCUCGUCCAGCAAUCAAGCCAAUCAUGCAGCAGCUCAGGCCGCCUGGUGGUCGGUGGCAUCACAAAUGGACUAUUUGGCCCGUCUACAGCACGCUGCCGCGUCCGCUUCCGCUGGCUCCUCGUCCGGUCGCAGUGGCGGUGGCGCUUCUUCCUCGUCAGCCGCUCCUUCUUCCACAUUCCACGGUAUUGCCGGAUUUAGCGGCAUGUCGGCGGCCGAUAGCAUGCUGGCCAGCUACACGAUGGCCAUGAACGCGGCCGCACAUUCCGGUGGCAAAUCGGCAAAGAGUUCGUCCUCGUCGCGCACCUCCAAUCCCAUCGUGCGGGAUUCACUGAGCAGGCAGCCUAUUCCUUCCGCCUCGACAGCCUCACCGUAUCAGCCGGCCAAUAGUACCUCCACUCCGUCGACCAGCAAAUCUCGUCUACCUGCUGGAACUGAACUCAAAUUCAUGACGCCCACAUCAGCCGCUACGACAAGCGGCGCCACCAACCGCAAAAGCAGUUCCAGCAGCAAAAGCCGACGGAGGGCCACUACGGCGAAUAACGUAGAACCUGCGUCCGUCUCAACAUCAUCCACCACAACACCGAGCUCUAGUUUGUCCUCUCUCUCUUCCAUGGCCAUGUCCUAUCCUUUCUUUGGCAACCCACUGGCCUCCCUGGCCAUGCCACCAGCUAUGGCUGCUGCCGUCCAAUCUGUCCAGUCAGCCCAGCCCAGUUCAUCCUCACCGGCCGGCGAAAAACGAUCAUCUAGGAAAACAACUGAUCGACAUUCAGCCGAUUCGGCCCAGUUACUCCAUCUACCGCCGACAACUAGUACUUCUGUUACGGUCACUACUACGAGCAGCAUCAACAACAACACGAUCAACAACGGCACAAAAGCCAGGAGCCAAACGGUCAAUGGCAAACCGUUGGCGCUGGACGUGAGUUCGUUGAUCGGCAAGCCGAGUACGUCCACAUCAGAAGAAGCUCCAUUGAAUCUCUCCAUGAAAACGAAAGAAGAAAGCACGCAGCCUUCAUCGUCGGCCAGUUUAUCAUCGACGUCCAGUUCGCGAUUGGGUCGUGGUGUUUCCAUGCCCAAGAAGAACACUGUUGCAUCUUUGCUGGCCCAGAGCCGCAACCAGCGCAGUACGAGUCCAGGCGCAGGAAGUGCUGCACCGCAGGCUCACGCGGCCAGCAAUGCCACUUCUUCACAGGCCUCGGCCGCCGAAAUGAAAGCCAUGAAAGAUAAUUUGGCUCUGUACACGGCCAUGCAAGAGUUGAGCAACGCCAAAUUAUCCAGCGCCUACCUCAACGGAUUGAAGGACAGCUUGAAUUCCGGGGGACAAGCGGGCGGCAGCGACGCCAAUCACGCCAUCCAGGAUCUGCUGCGGGCAGCGAGUCUCUUGGGCGGAUUCGGUUUCGGUGCCAAUCCGCUUUCAGGCCUUUCUCAGAACGCCGCAACUUCAAAUCCUUCCGGCAAAUCGUCAAGCAGCACUCCUAAUAAAUCCGCCGAUGGUGGCACGAGCAAUUCGGCUUCCAAGAACAACGAACAAUCCAGGAGUAAAGACACGCCCACCCCUGAAAAUGGCCAGGCCAGAACCAGCGAAUCGCAUCGAGGCAACGGCAAAUCCAACACUCACGACGACGAGCCCGCCAGCGAUGAUUCCGAUAGUAUGGACGAAGACGACUCGAUGAUCGACAGUGACGAUGGAUGGGCUGGAACGGGUGAAGGAGACGAAUCGAGGAAGAGAAAUGCUGAAGGCGGCGAAGGCGACGACAGACCGUCGAAGCGUCGCCGUUUCGUCUCGGAUGAAGCCGCACUCCGCAUUCCAUUAACUCAAGGCUGGAAACGUGAAACGCUGAUUCGAUCCAUCGGCAAAUCGGGUGUCCGCGGCGAAGUGACGUACUACUCGCCAUCCGGCCGUCGAUUCCGCCAGUAUCCGGACGUGGUCCGCUACCUGGAACGUCAAGGCAUCGGAACCAUCACCCGCGACAAUUUCAGCUUCAGCACCCGCUGCAUCGUCGGCGAGUUUAUCCAGCCGUUGGGCGAAUCUCCCAACGCGAGAGGUAUCCGCCUCGGCGAGCCGGAAGUGCGCCAUUUGGUGGAUCAGAUCCGAAUCGCCCGCGGAUGGAAACCGCGUAGUCGGCGCAUGACGGAAGAGGAGAAAGAAGCCAUCACUAGGCAACGCGAAGCUCAACGGGUCGCCCAGCGGAUGGAGGCCCAAGAGAUGGCCCGUCAGGCGCAAGAGGCCAAACUGCAGCAGCGCAUGGAACGAGAGCGCGCCCUGCAGGAAGCCAAGGAGGCCCGGCGUCAGAUGCGCGAGCAAGAGAAGCUGGAACGCCAAGAAGCCCAGCGGAGAGAGCGGGAGCUACGGACGCAGCAACUGAUGGAGGCCCGCAAGAAGCGGCAGGAGGAGCUGGACCGUCUGCGCGAAGAGGAACAACAGCGGAAAAUCCAAGAGUUGAACAAACAGCGCGAACUCUUUUACACGGCCGAGCUGGAACGCGAAAGGAAGAGGCAACAUACUGCCGUUGUUAAAGCGCUGGAAGCCCGGAAGCGUUACGAAGAACGAGAGAGACGACGCGAAGAAAUGAAAGCCGAGAAACGUGCGGAACGCGAGAAAAAGAUGGAAGAACGUCGAAAAGAGCUGGAAACAUGGCGAGAUCAACGUAGUCCAACUGAAGACACAUCGUUGAUGGAUCACAAGCCUUUACCGGAUGUCCCUCGUGUCAAUAACCUCAAGCUUGCCGGACAGGCGUUUGCCGACAUUCUGAUGCUCUACGAGUUCCUCCAUACGUUUGGCGAGACGCUCGGCUUUGACAUGGAGAGUCUGCCGUCGCUGGACAGUCUCCAGAGGGCGCUCCUCUACGACAGCGAGGCCGAGGAGGAGUUAUUAUCGGUCAUGACUCACUUGCUCGUCUGUGCCAUUGAAGAUCCGGGCAUACCACAUCCCAACCGGCACACGACCCUUCUCGGCCAAACGUUGAAACAGGCCGACAUCACGACGACCAACGUCAGCGAGAUAUUGCGCAUCUACUUACAAGCUAAUGGAUUGGGUGAUAUGAAAAUGCCGGCCGCUGACAAGAUCUCGUCCAGUCCAUUGAAGAUAGCCGCCGGCGAGUAUCCCGACACGGAAGCUUUCCUCAUGUCGGAGUGGCUCAAACGGAAGCCUUUCCUCUCUCUCAAUCCGACUCAGAAGGCAGCCAUCCUCGGUUUUAUGGUCAACGAGUUGUUGCAGAACAAAGCCGUCAUCGGACAAAUUGACGGCGCCAUCGAAGGCCAGAACACGGCCAGAAGAGAUCGAUGGAUCGUGGACAGUAAAAUUAAGAAGCUCAAAACGCUUCAUUCCAAAAAGCAUAGGACUUCACUUGUCAGCUCGUCCAUCAACUACUCGUCGACGCCGACGUGUAAGACGGACGCUAUGGAUGAUUCGACAACUCACGACGAAACGAAUCAUUCGGCCACCGGCGGGAAGAAGAAGGACGAAACGGAAGAACAUCCGGAGGAAGCGGAAGAAGACAGCGGUGCUGAAGCCGACGAUAAUGCCGAUCAAGGCGAUGAGGAUGAAGACGGGAAUCUUCCAGCGGAGGAACUGAAACGGAAGAUUGAACGUCUGAGCCGACAGAGCGCCCAGAUGCUAACCCAACUGGCCUUAUCGGAUUUGCAACUACGUGCGCUCAACAUGGGGCAGGAUCGCUUCCGGCGGCGAUUAUGGAUAUUACCUCAUGCUGGGGGUGUCUACCUUGAGGCGUUAGAAUCCGGAGAAGCCAACGCUGGACCGUUAGGUACCUGGGACGGUAAACCCGUCCCUCCGAUUGGCCCACAGCUGAACGGCGAUGAGCCAAUGUCCGAAGUUCCAGAAGCGAAAAGCGAACAGAUCUCUCAUGAACAAAAAUCCGAUCCGGAUGAGCAAAAAUCCGAAAUGAAAUCAGCGGAGCCGAUGGAUGAAGAUCAACCAACGAUCAAAACGGAAUCGUCUGAAGAAAUAGCUCCUAUCAAAAGCGAAGAAAAUGGCGAAGCUCCUGGAACAGACCCGAAAAAGGAAGAUGUCCAGGAAGCUCUUCCUGCCCUUUGGUUCAGCCUCUUUCCUCGCAAUCCGUGCGAUCGAUCCUCUUCGGCCAACCUGGGCAAAGACAAUUUCGGAUCGGAUGCCGAAGAACAAAAUGACGGCCGAAUAAAAAAAGAAGAAACGGCCAAAGACGAAGCUGAAAAAAUUAUUAUGCAACCCAUUCCAGAAGAAAUGACCCGCGGCUGGUGGCGGAUUGUCGACCCUGAACAAGUUAAAACGUACGUGGAAUCAUUACAUCCUCGAGGCGUUCGAGAGAAAGAGCUCAAUCGGAUGUUGACACGUUUCAUGGACUUCGCCAGGGAAUCAUGUUUGAAGCAUACGGAAAGGGACCAUCACGGACAUGGAAAUCCAAAAGAUUUGCUACUUAAAGAAUUGCGAAAUGCUGAUGAGGUCAAACUCAUCGGGGGAGCAGCGUUGCCGGAUGCGGAAGGCUCGUGGUCGAGAGAGACGUCAUUACGUGGUGAUAUUCUGCUCCUGGAACAAAUUGAAGCCCUCGAAGAUCGUGUAGCUUCAGCUAGUAUGCAAAUCAAAGGUUGGAAACUUCCGCCUCGGGCCACAGCCGAAAUGGACCUGAAAUUCCGCACACCAGGGGACUCUUCAUCCGACGACGAUGAAGAUGAAAGAAUCAAUCCCAUCUACCUGGCCAAAGAACGUCUUUUGAGCGUCGAGCUGGCCAUCGAGCGUCGUUACCUGAAAGCCCCUCUCGGACAAAGUAAAGGCGAUUUGGUUCAGAGCGUCCUGUCCGGCUCUUGUCCGUCUAAUGAGCCUCCCAAAGCUCUGCUGACUUGGCGCGAGGCCGUCAAACGCUGUGAAACGGCCGCUCAAGUCUCAAUGUGUUUUUACGUCCUGGAAACAUCGGUGGCCUGGGACAAGUCGAUCAUGAAGGCCAGCUGUCAGUUCUGUCACAGUGGCGACAAGGAGGACCAACUCUUACUCUGCGACGGUUGCGACAAAGGCUACCAUACUUACUGUUUCCGACCGCCUAUGGACAACAUUCCGGACGGCGACUGGUUCUGCUACGAGUGUCGCAACAAAGCUACCGGCCAGCGCAAUUGCAUCGUCUGCGGCAAGCCGGGCAACAAAACCAUCAGCGCCCUUUGCGAUCAAUGUCCUAAAGCCUAUCACAUUGAAUGUCUUCAACCACCACUAGCCAAGGUACCCCGAGGUAAGUGGCUCUGUGUUUUAUGCCAUUCCAAAUCGCCUGCCAAGAAAAAAUCUGCCAGUAAGAAGAAUCGAGAGCCGCGAGUCAGCGAGUCUGAAUGCUCUACGACGACGAGUUCGACCAAAGAGGCUAAAGAGAUUGAAAAGAACGUGCAUUCAAACGACAGUGAAGCCUCUUCUGGUGCCAUGGGCGGACCCGGACCUAGCGCCACGCCUCCAGUAGCGACUCCAUCGCCGCGCCGAUCCUCCUCCGCUGUGGCUCUCAAACGUAGCCUCAAUCAGGCCAUCGCCAAGGAGAAGGAUCUUGCGCCGUGCAGGGAGAUCCUCGACCAAUUAGAAGCCCACGAAGAAGCCUGGCCUUUCCUCCUACCCGUCAACACUAAACAAUUUCCUACUUAUAAGAAAAUCAUUCGCUCUCCGAUGGAUCUGAGCACAAUCCGCAAGAAACUCAACGACGGCAUAUACAAGACAAGGGACGACUUUUGCGCCGACCUGCAGCUUAUGUUUGUCAAUUGCGUCACGUUCAACGAGGACGACUCUCCCGUCGGCAAGGCCGGUCACAGCAUGAAGACGUUUUUCGAUUCUCGCUGGGCCGAACUGAUCGCCCACUAGUUCGAUUCUCUGCCUUGCCACCAACUCACUAUUGUCUCUUUGUCUCUCUAUCCAUCUAUCUCUUUAUACUUAAGAAGAAACAAGAAGAAAAAAAAACAUAAAAAAAUAGCAUGUACUAUGUAGUUUGUAUUUAAAAUGGCGCCCACCAAGUGAGCAAUGUCGCAUUAAUUUAUUUUGUCCCAUCACUCAGAGAUAACCAGAAACCAUAAGUAGUAUUAUAUUAAUCAACUGUGAAUCAAAAACGACCUGCUAACAAGUGGAAUUUCGCUAUUUCUUUGCUUUAUUUUUUGGUUUUCUUUCCCCUUGUAAAAGAGGUUAUGUGCAACAUGUGUAAUUGCCUCCCAUUUACUUUUCCUCCAUGUCAGUUCUUGAGAUUCACUUGAAAAUGGCGUGUUGAAAGACUCACACUGCUGGUAUGAAAAAAGAAAGGUUAAAAGACAAACCCCGAGCAGGGCUCGCCUAUCUCUGUCGUGAUUAAUCUUGGUGUACAUACGUUUGAAACAUUUCGGAAAAUAGCUAAGUGGAGAUGAAGUUCUGAACUCCACUGCCGUUACGAUUGUGUAUAUAGCCAUCGCGAAUUACACCCCUCCCCCGUUUCGUGUAUUUA